ACUCGGCGGGUCGUGUUUGCUCUGUGUCGGUAUAUCAUCUGCCCACAUAGUUCUUCAAACAAUAUACAAGUAUUGAAUUAACAUCAAUUUGUGAUACAUUUAAUUCGUCUAACAACCUAACAAUACACGUGACAAAUACAGUGUUCAGUUGGAAAUUAAACAAUUGAGUUAUUGGAAUUUGUGGAAUUAAAGAACACCAUAUACUUUGAUCCAAUUGAUUGUGAAUUUAAAAACCAAAGCAGCAUUCGUACAGGAUGGAUGUGAAAUUGGGAUUACUCCUGACUGCGAUGGCAGUGCUGCGUGCAGAGGGCACAGGUACCUUAAUCACCAAACCGAACGUUAAGGGAAUGCUAGGAGGCACGGUCGACCUUGAUUGUACAUUCCAGCCUACGGAGACGUGGUACGUCAUGCAGUGGAGAAAACGGCUACCCAAUAACGACGAGGAAAUCAUCUUGGUGAACCUGCCGCCAAAGUCGGAAAGUAUGAAGACAGGUCUGUUCCCGCCCGAUGUCGUCCUAUCGCCGUCAUGGGCAGACGAAAACAUGAAGUCUAGAGGACGAACAAAUGUCGGCCAUAAUGCAACUUCGAUCAACUUUAACAUAAAACUAUACGAUUUCGAGUGUACAGAUGUGGGGACGUACGUCUGCGUGGUGACCGGCUCUAGCAUCAUAUCUAAGACAACAGAAGUAGGCAUUGUGGCUGUUCCAGGAAAACCUUCUAUUAACUCGGAACUAUUGCGGGUGGAGGAAAACUUCAAUUUCACGCUUGAGUGUGUUGUUAGUUUGGGUAUCCCUCCAGCGCAGGUCACGUGGUACGUCAAGCACCCAGAUGACCAGGCUUUCAGUGUUAUCUCCUCCAUGAUUGACCCGGAAGACCAGAAAAGUGAGACAUGCGUACCAGUUAUUAACCAACAGAUAAUAGCGUCGAUAACUGAGGAAACAAGCGGAAGUGUGUUUCAGUGUAGAGUGGAGGGACCACUCAUUGAAAAUGAAAAUCAUCAAUACAAAGACGAAAUAACCGUGGAAACACCAGAACCGAUCGUGACUGACGCCCCUUACGAAGUACCAUGUACCGGGAAAAACUGCAACGUCAACAAAACGGCUGCUUUAGAAUAUAACGGCGCACAAUCAAAAUCAAGCGCCAUUUUCACCAUGGCAACAUCUAUUGUCAUACUCAUCAGCACCCUUGCUCUGCGGUAG